AUGGUCAAAGCUGUCUUUAUGUGGCCGUUCUCAGAUAAAGCCUCAAAAGAUUAUUCCAAGAGUCAUAUUUCUUCAUCAAUCACUUACAGCUCAACAAACCUUGAUCUUCCAAUAUGGACUACAGAUUGUACUGAAAAAUCACAUUUGGGACCAUUACCAAUGGAAAUUUGGGUGUUGAUUAUGAAAAAAGGUGGUGUUCAUAAUGAAUUACUUCCACUUAAUCAAUGUUUCUAUGAGAAUUUAGCUCCAGUGGCCUAUAAGCAGUUUUCAUCUUUACAAUUAUUACUUGUUUUAAGCUCUACAGAAAGAAUGAAACAAAAUGAUGCUUGCUUUUUGAAAUAUGGUCCUGAUUUCCAAAGUCGUCCAUAUGAUUCUUAUUCCAUCUAUGAGAGACAUUUGGAAAGUUUACAAUAUGAAUAUGAGUUUUUAGAUGUAACUUAUGAUGAAUGGGAACCUGAAGAGCUUGCUAAACCAAAUAAGUUUGAAGGGACAUUGAUUACAAAAUAUGAUAAGGUUAUGUUUUUCUUGAAUAACAUCCUUCCAAAUCCAAAAUCAAAAUUGAGAGAUUCCAUUAAGUCUUUAAACAUUGAUGUCUCUAUAUUAAAUGGAUAUCAAGAAUUGAUGUUAAAUAAAGGUUCAGAAAUAGAUCUUUCAUUGAAAAAGGCUGGAAGAAUGAAGGCUGAUAAUUUAUGUAAAAAUUUCCAAGUUGAAGCAGAUGACAUGUUAUAUGUGUAUAAACAUUAUAACGGGGUAUAUGAUGGAGAUAGAUGGCAAGGUCCAAACUCUGUUUACCAUGACAUUGAACAAUAUUUUUCUGACAGAAUUUCUCAACAGAUUAAUAGCACAUUCCCUACUAAGGUUUAUCAUGAGGAAUUAACUCACUUGAGCCAACUUUUCAAAUCAUAUUCCUCAAAUGAAAGAAAAGAUUUGAUAAACAUUAAUUUACCAAAUCAAAUAAGAAAAGAACACCCAUAUAAGAAAUUGGCUGAAGCUUUUGGAAAAUAUAAAACAUUCAAUAUGGAUGAGUAUUACAAUGAUUUUGGGUACGUUGCUGGUUAUCAUAAGAUUUUACCUUUCCGGAUUAAUAUCUUAAGUAGAAGAUUCUCAAGUGAAGCUGAUACAAAAUCAAUCAUCAAGUCACUAAUUGAAAUUAUGUCUAGUGAAGAACAUUGCAGUUCGAUUGAUACUUCUUUAUUCAUAACUGGGAUUCCUGAUUUUAAAAAAGUGGAAAUGGACUUUAGACCGAGAUUUUGGUUUGUAUUUCAAAAGCUUUACCAGUAUACACCACUCAUGACUUUAUUGAAUAAACCAAAAUCACAAAGUAAAUAA